CUUAUAAACUCUAGAAUCCCCAUUCUAAUCCCUAUGGAAUGAAUGAUUAAACAGAAAUAGAAGUAGGAAGGGAAAAUGAGUACGCUGGCAAUGGCUGCCUUCUGCUUUGGACAGCGAAACCCACGGUCUUCUCGGCCCACCAAACCUUUGACCAAAUAUUCACACACACACAUAUAUAAAACCCUCUCUUGGAACUCUCCAAAAAAAGAAAGAAAAAGAAAAAUAAAAAAUAAAAAAAUCCACUGCUUCUCACUCACACUGACACAAAAGCUUCCGUUUUUCUUCUCUCAAAAGAGAGCUUCAUUUCAGACUCUGUUUUCAUCUUCCUCUCUUCCCUUUCUUUCCCUCCUCCAUUAAUGGCGGAAAACCAAGCUUCCGGUGGGGACCACCUCGGAGCAGCAGCACCGAUCACGGGCGCCGCUGCUGGAACCACUUUCUCUCAGCUCCUCUUUGCUGCAGAUGAUGAUGAUGACGACGACAAUGAUAAUGAUGAUUAUAAAAAUCAUUUCUUUAAUUACUCUGUUUCUGCUGCUUCCUCUGCUUUCGCCAUGGAAGAUCCCCCAAAAAUGCUCUGUUUCGGCGCCAAACAGCAGCAGGAUCAACAGCAGCUGAUUUUCUCUGAGCCCUGUUCCAUUUCCAAGCCGCGUCAGAAAUCCACUCUCACAUGCACCGAUUCUGUAAAGUCCCACAACGCAAAUCUUCACGUUCUUUACUUGUUUUGCUUUAAUUUCAACUUGCAGAAGCGAAAUGGGUCGGACCCAGAAGCGGCCGCCAUUAAAGCAGCUCCGUCGUCCAACCAGAGAGCUUCGAAGAAGAUCAAAGCCGAUGCUGGGCAUGCAAAGAGGAAGGAGAAAUUAGGGGAAAGAAUCACAGCUCUACAGCAACUGGUUUCUCCCUUUGGCAAGACAGACACAGCAUCAGUGCUUCACGAGGCAAUGGGCUACAUCAAGUUUCUGCACGAACAAGUUCAAGUCCUCUGCAGCCCUUAUCUGCAACACCACUUGAAUUCUUCAUCUUCUUCAUCUUCUUCUUCAUCAGCCACUGGGGGAAGAGAAGCAGGGGAGGCAGAAAUGGACCUCAGAAGCAGAGGGCUGUGUCUGAUUCCAGUGGAGUGUAGCUUGCAUUUGGGGAAUUGUACAGUUGCAGAUUUCUGGUCGCCCGCCAUGGCCAUGGGGAGGAAGCUCUGAGAAGGAAGCAAUGGAGGAUGAUGAUGGGUUGAUUUUGUAU